GUGACGAAGAAGAAAAAAAAAGUAAUUUUUCCGGAGUUCGAACGCAUAAUUUCACAAAUCAAUUAAGUUUUUCAAAUUUUCAUACUUUAAAUGCCAACAAAAACACAAGAAUACGCACAAAAACUAUAAAAUAUAUAACGAACCUUCUAUAUGAAUAAAAAUUAAAGUGUUAAAAUAAAUAAAUCUUCCAGAAAAAACACUCCAAAAGAAAAUUUGUCAAGUGCCAAGCAAUUGCAUUUUCACACAACACACACUCACACACAAAACAAAUUAAAGAAAAAAUUAUCAGCUAGCCUUCAAAUAAAAAAAUUCAACAUUUUGUAAAAAACUAUAAACAAAAAAGUGAAAUUCCAUGGCUUGUGCAGCAACAGCUGCAGGUAAAGAUGCCAAUACAGGAAGCACAAAUACGGGUUUAGUAGCAGCUGCUACUGGUGGUGGAGGUGGAGCAAGUGGAGCUACGGCUUCUACGUCAAGUUCAUCGGUAGCAGGGGCUGUGGGUGGUGCAGGUUCUUCAUCAGCGGCCAUAACAGCUGGUGCUUCACAAUCGAACGGUGGUAGUGUUAUAAAUCGUCAGUCACGUUUUGCCAUGGAAGGUGUAGGCGCUCGAGUUAUAAGAGGUCCCGAUUGGAAAUGGGGUAAACAGGAUGGUGGGGAAGGUCAUGUUGGCACUGUGCGAAAUUUCGAAUCUUCCGAAGAAGUUGUAGUAGUCUGGGAUAAUGGUACCGCGGCUAAUUAUCGUUGCGCCGGCGCUUACGAUUUACGUAUAUUGGAUAGUGCUCCGACGGGUAUUAAACAUGAUGGCACCAUGUGUGAUACGUGCCGUCAACAGCCGAUAUUUGGUAUACGUUGGAAGUGUGCCGAGUGUGUUAACUAUGACUUGUGUUCGAUUUGUUAUCAUGGCGAUAAGCAUCAUUUAAGACAUCGUUUUUAUCGCAUUGCAACACCGGGUGGUGAACGUACUAUGAUUGAACCAAGACGUAAAUCGAAGAAAGUAGCAGUACGUGGUAUUUUUCCGGGUGCGCGUGUAGUACGCGGUGUUGACUGGCAAUGGGAAGAUCAAGAUGGUGGUGUUGGUCGUCGUGGUAAAGUUAAUGAAAUACAAGACUGGUCUUCGGCAUCACCACGUUCCGCCGCCUAUGUUGUUUGGGAUAAUGGUGCAAAGAAUCUGUAUCGUGUGGGUUUUGAGGGAAUGGCUGAUUUGAAGGUCGUCAACGAUGUCAAAGGCAAUACAGUUUAUCGCGAUCAUCUUCCCCUGCUGGGAGAAAAUGGCCCUGGCAAAGGACCACAUGGUUUUCAAAUUGGCGAUAAAGUCACUGUCGAUUUGGACUUGGAAAUUGUACAAUCUUUACAACAUGGUCAUGGCGGUUGGACCGACGGUAUGUUUGAGUGUCUCAAUAAUGUUGGCCUCGUAGUGGGUAUCGAUGAAGAUCAUGACAUAGUAGUUGGCUACAAUUCCGGUAAUCGUUGGACCUUUAAUCCAGCCGUACUUACCAAGGUAGCUUCACCAACAACGGCACCACCCGAAUUUCAAGUUGGUGAUAUUGUUAAGAUAUGUUCAGAUGUCGAGAGUAUUAAACAAAUGCAAAAGGGUCAUGGUGAAUGGGCCGAUGCUAUGCAAUUGACUUUGGGUAAAGUGGGUAGAGUACAACAGGUCUAUCAUGAUAAUGAUUUAAAGGUAGAGGUGGGUAAUACCUCUUGGACUUAUAAUCCAUUGGCGGUAACAAAAGUGGCAUCCGCUAAUGCAGAUGGCAGUUGUGUGCCCGUAAUAUCGAGUGGUGAACGUUUGUCGGCAAUUCUAAAGCACUUAUUUGAGCCUAGUGUUUCGGGAGAUGCUACCGAGGAGUUUGUUAAGGCAGCGGCUAAUGGUUAUGCGCAACGUUGUGAGGAGUACUUAACCGGAGCGGUGCAGGCUUCUAGCAGUUCUUCUUCCGGAGCUGCAGCCUCCUCCUCCUCAGCGGGCGCUGCACAAACUGUUAAUACCAUAGCCGAUGUUAAUGGUGUGUUUGCUGGUCAUACCGCUUUACAGGCUGCUAGCCAAAAUGGUCACAUUGAAGUCAUACAAAUUUUACUUUGCCAUAAUGUGGACGUUGAAAUCGAAGAUAAAGACGGCGAUCGUGCUGUACAUCAUGCUGCCUUUGGUGAUGAACCGGCCGUUAUUGAAUUACUCUCAAAGGCAGGAGCCGAUCUUAAUGCACGCAAUAAACGACGUCAGACGGCUUUACAUAUAGCCGUCAAUAAGGGACAUUUGAAUGUGGUAAAGACUUUAUUGAGUUUGGGUUGCCAUCCCAGUUUGCAAGACUCAGAAGGUGAUACUCCUUUGCAUGAUGCCAUUUCUAAGGAACACGAUGAAAUGUUAAGUUUACUUUUGGAUUAUGGCGCUGAUAUAACACUCACCAAUAAUAAUGGUUUCAAUGCUUUACAUCACGCAUCUCUUAAGGGCAAUCCUAGUGCUAUGAAGAUUUUGUUAACAAAAACCAAUCGUCCUUGGAUUGUGGAAGAAAAGAAAGAUGAUGGUUAUACCGCUUUACAUUUGGCCGCAUUAAAUAAUCAUGUAGAAAUAGCUGAACUUUUGGUACAUAUGGGUAAAGCCAAUAUGGAUAGACAAAAUGUUAAUCUACAGACGGCUUUACAUUUGGCAGUGGAACGUCAACAUGUGCAAAUUGUUAAGCUGUUAGUACAGGAGGGUGCCAAUCUUAACAUUCCCGAUAAAGAUGGUGAUACACCGUUGCACGAAGCCCUAAGGCAUCACACUUUGUCUCAACUAAAACAAUUGCAAGAUGUCGAGGGUUUUGGUAAACUAUUAAUGGGUCUUAGAAAUCCUAAUAAUAAAAAGGCUUCGGCUUCCAUAGCCUGUUUUUUGGCGGCAAAUGGAGCUGAUUUAACUCUAAAGAAUCGUAAAUUGCAAACACCUUUAGAUUUGUGUCCCGAUCCGAAUUUAUGCAAGAAUUUAGUAAAAUGUUAUAAUGAACGCAAAACAGAUGAUACAGAUUUACCGGGUAAUGUGGCUGGCACCAGUACAAGAGCUAAAGCUUUGGCCCACACCUCGGCUGCAGCCAAUCCAAGACCUUUAUCAGCAGCCGUAGCAUCUAGUUCGGCAUCGGCUAAUGCCGCUGUAACUGCUAAUAUGCCUAAACAUACGGUAGCAGCUACGGGUUCAGUUAAUGGUGGUCUAAAUACAUUGGUUCAGGAUCUAACACAAUCUUUGCAUAUAACUUCCUCAGCAGCCAAUAAUGAUACAACUAAUGCUUCCACUUUGGAGGAAUGUUUCUUAUGUUCAGAUUAUAAACGAGAUACGGUAUUUAAGCCUUGUGGCCAUGUUUGCUGUUGCGACAAUUGUGCUCCACGCGUUAAGAAAUGUUUGAUAUGUCGUGAAACUGUUUCUUCACGUGAAAAAAUCGAUGAAUGUUUGGUAUGUUCAGAUCGUCGGGCUGCAGUAUUCUUUAAACCCUGUGGUCAUAUGGUAGCCUGUGAAAAUUGUUCCAGUUUAAUGAAGAAAUGUGUAUUAUGUCGUACACAAAUUGAAGAAAUCAUGCCUUAUUCUUUAUGCUGUGGCGGUGAGGGUAGCAUAGAAAAGGUGCAUAAUCCUAAUAUGCAUAAUGAAAAUGAAAAGCCACAAGCUAUGCUGCCCACUGGUGGUGGUAUUAAUACUUCCGGUCAUGGUGUGGCCAUGAAUAACACUUUAACCACAACACCCAAUGGUAAUGCUGCCCAACAGGUACAAUCACAAAAUAAUCUAUUAGCUGCGGCAGCUGCUGCAAAUAAUGCCAACAAUAGUGGUCUGGUAGCACCAUCCAAUGUUAAUAAUUUCCAAAUGGAUGAUGUACAAAAACUCAAACAACAAUUACAGGAUAUUAAAGAACAGACCAUGUGUCCCGUAUGUUUUGAUCGUAUGAAAAAUAUGGUUUUCCUAUGUGGACAUGGUACUUGUCAAAAUUGUGGCGAUCAAAUCGAUGGUUGUCCCAUAUGCCGCAAAACUGUUGAAAAACGUAUAUUAUUAUUUUAGAGCUCCCAUACUAAAUGUAUUUCCAGACAUAGACAAACAAACCCUGCCUUAUUAAUUGACUUUAUUUAUUUUCAUUAUCAUAACUCUUAGUUGCAUCGCAAAAGCUCUAGCUUGUUAGCAUUUUAAAAGCUUUUCUUUUUUGUCUCUAUCUCAUUAGUUUUACUAAAUGGUAUUUCGAAAAUUUUCCAAGAAAAUCUUUUUAACAUUUACUCACUUUACUUGACAUUUUAUUUGCUUAACAUUUUACUAUUUCUUUUCCUUAGUAGUUUCUUACUUUGUUUCUCACUUGUUUUAUAUAGCUUUUAUAUAACUUUUUUUAAUUGCUUAAUUUUUUCUUUAGAUUUAUAUGAUUUUUUUAUUAACAAAUUUGAUUUUAUUUGCAUAAUAUUCCCCAUAAUAU